GUCUACAUCUGUGUUGACUUCACAUAGGGACCUGUCUUCUUGUGAUUUUCUAUCACUGUGGUGCAAUGUCUGCAAAUAAACAGGAAGCAUUUACUGAUACAGUACAGAUUGUUUUAAUCGGUGCUUCAGGCUCUGGUAAGAGCUGCUCUGGAAACACAAUAUUGGGCCAGAAACUGUUUGCAUCAGAAGCAUCUGCAAAGUCUGUGACAUGUGAAUUCAAAAUGAUGGAAGAGAUAAUCAAAAGCUGGCAGGUUAAAAUAAUGGAUACUCCAGGCUGGGACUGCACUGAACUCACUAAACAUGAUGCCAUGCUUGAAAUAAAACAGGCUGUACAAUGUCUUGAUGGACCUUACUCUUUUCUCCUUGUCAUACGUGCUGGCUCUAUGGAAACUGAAAAAGAAAUUAAUCAAAUCUAUGACCUUAAAAGGGUCCUUGGACCCUCCUUUAUGGAUCAUACUACAAUCCUGUUUACACGCAGUGAUGAUCUUGAGGGGAAAUCUUUUAAGGACUUUAUUAGGGAAGGAAGUGGAGAGUUUUAUAAUCUGUUAAAGCAAUGUGGGUACAGACACCACUGCUGGAACAAUAGAGAUAACAGACGUGAUGAUGCAGUGGAAAGGUUACUAAAGGAUUUGAAAAAGUCAGAGCUGCGAAACACAUGCUCCCAAACAAACCAUAAAGAACAAAACCCUUCUGGUUUUACCCAUUAUUGUGACCAAGAAAAGAAAAUGCAAGAAAAUGUAGCGACUGCUAGCAAGAGAUCAAGAAAUGCAAUAGACGCAGAAAAAUGUAUGUAUGGAAAUCCCAUCAGAGUUUUAUUUCUUGGAAGAAACAGUGUGGGAAAGACAUCAAGCAUCAAAACCCUUCUCAGGAAAUGUGUACACAGAGAAGGUUCAAUUUUUGAAUGCACUACCUUUGGCCUGACUCUGAAGCUGGUAGAAUCUCAUGGCAUUGAUGACAAUGUGGAACGAAUCCAGAAGGACAUCUUGAAAUCACUGUCUGACUGCAGUCCUGGACCUCAUGUCAUUAUUAUAGUGCUCAACAUUGAGCGAUUCACUCCAGCGGCAAAUACAGCCAUGAAACAUGUACAAGACUGUCUUGGAGAAAAUGCCAGAAAACACACAAUGAUUCUCUUCACUGGUGCAGAUAAUUUGGAGGGUAAAACAAUUGAAAACUUCAUUCAGGAGAAUCAGCAACUCAGUGAAUUAGUGAAAAUACAUAAAAACAGAUUUCAUGCGCUCAAUAACAGAGACAUCAGGAAUGAGAAUCAAGUGAAUGAACUCCUGAAGAAGAUUAACGACAUGUAUGAACAAAAUAAUAAAGAAUUCUACACAAAAGGACAAGAGUCUCCAGAUUCUGAUCAACAAAAAGGAAUGGCAUCUGCAAUGAGCAGCUCAGCUCGUAAUGUAAAAGCUCCAACAACUGGCUUUAUAAAAAACAUUCAAGACAUACCUGGGUAUGUCUGACUAGCCAGGCAAAUAAGAGGCUUGGCUUCAUUUUUUACAAGCAGAAGAUGAGCAGAUGAAGAGUAUUUACACAACAAUAUUGCAGUUAUUCCCGCAAUAUCUUCAUAAAACACCUGAAUCAGCGCUUUUUCUAAUAAUACCUGACACUUGGUCUGGUUAUGUGUUAUUUACUAUAUAUUGCAACAUGUGCUUGUUCCUUUUUGUUUUAUGAUUACUUUUUUUUUUUUUUUGUAAACCAAUGUAAAUUGCAUGUCACAUAUUAGCACUCUCUGAAAAUAAUUGUGUUGUUAUUUCAAACCCUAUUUUCUCUCCAGCUGUGUGUUAAAAUGCAAAAAAAUUCUCCUUUGUUCUUCUGUCUCUUUCACCUGGUUCUUCUACUCUGAUAUAAACCAUCUAGACAUAUUAAUUACCUUAGUUUUUUAUUGUAAACCAUUGUAUAUUGCAUAUUCUUGUAUUGCUCUAUUAUUAGAAUGUGGUAUUAGAUAUAAUGACUGUAUUGGUUGUAGUUUUCCUGCUUGUUUUGUGAUUAGUGUUUGUAGAUUCUUAAAAAUAAAUAAGACAUA